UACUUUUUAUUGUGCGCUGCGUUAACGUUAGCUAUCUUAGCCCAUUCGGCAGCUUCCGUUCUGUGGGAAGUUUUCUUUUGUCCUCUUCGGUCAACAACAACAAAACAUGGGAGUCCGCGUUGACCGGAGAACGAGGCGUAACGGCAUGUGUUUAGUAAAGGUGUAACAACGAGUCGUUUAACGGUGUCGAAUAGGCCUCCGUGCGGUCGCAGCGAGUCGGUUUAUCUCUGCGGUGAAUACCUUUGGACCGGCCAGCACCGGGGAGCAAACACGCAGGCUCCGGGUGUGAGAUACCACUCGUGCAAUGGAUGAUGCCAUUUUAUGAUUCUUGAAUAAUUAGCCAACGUGCUGCUGGACAGGAAAAUGGGAUUUACAGUUGUCCUGUCUUAUGUCGUCCACCUUGCUCUUUGUAAUAUUAACAAUCGAGCUAGAGACGGAUGUGUCUUGGGUCGUUUUGUUUGAAUGGAAAUCUGUUUCCAGUUCUUCCAACAGAUGUCACGAUGGCUGCACAUUUCACCAUUUCCGACAGCGAGUCAGAGCCCUCGGAGGGGGUUGAGGAAGAAGAAAAUAACCAGUUAUCAUCUGUGCAAGAGCAGCAGCGUCCUCAACGUCACACCCUCACUUUACCUGAGCUCAGAUUGCCAGUGACCGGUCGAAUCAGGCUGAGCUCAGAGUCCCACGCUUCCACUGCCUCCAGAGACGAGGAGCUCUGGCCAGACGAGACUGGGACGCCCACCGAGGGGGCUCCGUUCCGGGUGCGUUCCAAGUCGGCUCCCCCGGCUCUGUGGGCAGCCAAGAAAUACGGCCGGCAGCUCCGAAGGAUGAGCGACGAGUUCGACAGCCUGCUGGACAAAGGGGAAAUGAGGAGGGUGAAGAGCGCUGGGACGACCAAACAGAUGCAGCACUCCAAAAGCUGGUGGAGCUACCUCUUUAGUCACCAGGAGAUGGAGGGAGAGAACAACCACCACGAAAGCCACACUCACCGCACCGAGUAGGCACCGGGGGGAGGGGGGGAAUUAAGAGAGACGCCGGGUUCGAGGAAUCGAUAGGAAGGAGAGGAAAGCAGCGGGGGACCCAAGAGAACAAUUGUGAUGAGAACAAAAAGACCUGCUCUGGAAAAAGAUGGAUGAAAGGUUGGUUAGAACUAAAGGAGAAAAAUCCCAAACACAAAGGCAUGGCUAAGUGUCCCGUCCUAGUCAUGUCCUUACAGCAUUGGUACCGACAUCAAAAUAUACUCUUUUUUUGUAUUUGUGUUGGUUGUGAUGUGAUGUGCACUGCGAAAUGUUAACGGUCAGCCGGGCGCGACGAUAAGACUGCUGACACCUCGUAGAGUGGAUGCAUUGAUGGGCCAAGAGAGGAGAGGUGAUCUCUUGAGCACAGAGAAAGACAUGAGUGGAUUUGAGCGGUGACCACUCACCACUUCUGUUAUCUCUCCCAUCAGCACUAUGCAAUAUACUGUAGAUGCGGGGGAUAUACGUGCACUGAAAUCAGAACCCCCUGACUUUUAGAGCCCCCUCCCCCUUGAAUGCUGUUAGAAUUUCCUUCCUUGUUGGAAAUCAGCAAUGACAAAGUGGUAGUGAUGCUCGUUAGGCUUCGCCGCCCUUGUUUUUGCUUACAUACAAGCUGAGGUCACUGCGUUAGCGGGCCAAAAGGACCAGCAGAAGACAGAGGGAAGAGUAUAAAAUGGAAGGAUUUUUUAAAGUAUACAACUUCGGGGCAAUUAUCCCACUUCCUCUUCUACUACCUGCAAGCCAGUACCAUUUACGUGACUGUACUUGACUAUCAUUACCUGCUUUAUAUCUCAAAUUUAUCAAAAGAAGAACAAUCUCGUACAAGGACAAUCUCCGACGAUGCAGAAAUACUAUCUUUUGUAUAACUUCAGGGCUAGAUUAUAUCUAGAUAAAAUGACAUUAAGCAUACAUAUAAAAGCACAAACCAAUAGGAAUCUAUCUUUUUAAAGCCUUGGAUGAACCUAAUAAACAGACGUGGGACGUUUAAUAAGUUUGGUAAACCUAGCAAUAGGCAGUGUACAAUGAUAAAUGUUAUGUGCAUAUUUUAUGCUGUGGGUGGGAAAGAGUUAACUGCUAGACCAAUAGCCAACACGCCGGCCUUCGGUCCCAUUUAUUAACUACCCAGUGCACAUAGAAGAUGGCUUUAGAGAGUGGACGCCACAUUUAAAUGCAGGCGGACGGGAUGCAAACUUCCAAACUAUUUGUGGAGUUGGAUGAAUCUGGUUGUGUCUGCUUUAUGAAAGAAUUGAAUACAAGUCGUUGCAUCUGAUCUGCACUGGGAGGUGAAGAAAAUGGGAUCUCAAUCUAACCACGGUGCUGAUCUCAGAUAACAUUUGUUUUUAAUGUAUUAUAUUCAGGCUUUUAAGGCACAUACUACAAACAAAAUGACAUUUGCCGGUGUUAUUAUUCCUUUUAGUGAUCAUAAACAGUGAUCUCUACCCGGCUUGGUAAAUACAAUGACGCUAUUUGUGACUUGUUUAUCGAUAUGUGAUUAUUGAACAUGGUAAUAGGUGUGUCUUACCCUCUUGAGUUGUGUAGUGCUCGGGUGUGCAGGCUAAGGGGGCUGCAAAUGAUUUGUCUUCUAAACCGGUCUCCAUCAUUUUUGAAAGACUUUCCUACAUUUUUUUUAAGCGCCAUUUUUUUUUUAAAUCAGAGUUCUAGACAAUCCAAAUGACAUCUCCUUUAUUUUAAGAUUCACCCGGGUC